AACGCAGUUUGAAGAAUACGAAUAACUUAUAAUCAAUAAUUUCAUCCUGCUAUUUAAGUUUUAUGCUGUGUAUGUGAGUCACAAUGCCUGAUUUUUUGAUUGGAACGUGCAUGUCAAUGUGCCCUGAAAAAGAGAGGUGGAUGAGGGAAAGAGAAGGCCUGCUUCAUGUAUUUGAAAUAGAUCCACGUACUCAGGCUCUGAAACGACCAAAGGCUGAUCUUGCAAAAACAGUAAAAUGCUUCAGUCGGCCAGCUGCGGGCCAGCUUAUGCCAGAUGCUACUGAGCUACGUCCAGCUCCUGUUUUAUUAGCAACCAUCACAUAUCUCUUUACAAAAGUUGCUACUCGCCUUGAUCAUGAUUGGGCGAUGAUUUAUGAUUUUAUUUUUGAUCGGCUAAGAGCUAUCAGACAAGAAGUUGUUAUUCAAAGAAUUCGAGGGCUCCAGAGCAUUCAAAUCUUAGAACCAAUUGUUCGGUUUCACGUUUAUGCAGGCCAAAGACUUUGUGAAAAGAAAAUAUCUGUAUUUGAUCCGAAGCUAAAUAGUCAACAUCUUCUGGAAUGUCUUAAGCAAUUGCUUGUUCUUUAUGAUGAAACUGAAGAACAGUCAUGGAUAGAUAAUCCCAAAGAAGAUACUGAUAAUCUCUCUAUUAGCAAUAACCGAUCCCAAAUGGAAUCUUUGUACAUUCUUCUUCACCUAGGAGAUGUUUCAGCACUUGAGAGAGGUUUAGCAUUACCUGAAAAAUAUAGGAGCAAAGCUGUUGAGCUGGCUAUGAAAAUAUCUCUCGCUUGGUACUUGAAAAAUUACGUCAAAACUUUUAAAUUGAUCCAAAAGCUCCCACCACUCUUGACACUUGGGGUUUUCUACAAUUUAAGACUACUGCGAAGAGAAACUAUUAAAAUUAUGAGCUCAGCGUAUAAUAGCAAACUUUUAACUUUCCCUGGGCUGAAAUUGCAAGAGAUAUUGAUGUACAAAAACAUAGAAAAACUUGCUGCAGACUGCAAUCUCUUCCAGCUCUCGUUUGCUCACGAGAAUGUACAAUUUCAAGCUUCAAAAUUCAGGACGGAGGUGUUAUUGGCUAAUCCCGAUAUGUAUUUCACUCUUCAAACAUAUCAAGGAUUUCUACCUACUAUCCUUUUCAAAACCGAUGGCACUGGACUUAUAAGUGAGCAAUCAAGUGUGGGUGGAAAUAAUGUUUUGAACCCAUCCUGAAAUUUAUUUCUUUGAUGUACUACUGAAUAGACUACUGAAGGGAAUAGAACAAUUGCUGCGAUUUCGGUGAUUUUGCAAGUACAUAAUGCUUUUUAUUCAAAUCGUUACAACGCAUAAAGACAAAUUGUCGUGUUAGUAUGUACAUUUAAGAGAACCAAUACCCAUUAAUGCAAUUUUCAUAUUUUAGAUAAAGUUAAGUGCAAUAUUAUAAUCAAAUAAUGAUGAUCAUACAUUCAAAUGGUUGGAAACACAUAAUUCGUGAGAGAAUGUCGUAAUGACUAAUAUUAGUAAACUAAUUAAGACUAUUCAAA